CAGAGGAAACUGGUGCAAAUGACCAGACUCCUACGAGUGGCAGAGCUCCACUUUAUGGCGAAUUGCAACACAUGUUCAUGGAAGAAUAGGGGAAGGUGACGCUAUGUCGGCCCUACUGUCGGGCGCGAGCGACUCAGCAUAGAUACCGUCCUGUUCGUGGGGAAUAUAAAGUCAAUUGUGUGCCCUGGUUGUGCCUCUAUGUCGGCGUCCUCUUUCUCAAAACUCCUCGAGACACUCAGCAUGGCGAUACUCGUGAAGAGAGCUGCUGUCGCGGCCAUGCUGGGCGUCACGUUGUUCGGUACUGGAAGCAAUGCGCUCGGAGGCAUAAAUCCGAACAUGUUUCGGUAUCUGGCCGACUACGAUCUUAAUCCGGACGGUUCGCCCUUGGAUCAAGAGACCGCAGAGGUCAAGUCUAUGGGCAUCGCUGCUGCUGACAACAAAACCAUUACUCCCGAGUACGUCGAGCUCCCACUGAACCAUUUUGGUACCAACGCUGGUACCUUCAAGAACCGCUUCUGGGUCACUGAGUCGGGUUAUAAGCCGGGUGCCGCUAGACCGGUCUUCGUCUACGAUUUUGGUGAGGGAGACGCUGAGCCUGCCGUGCUCGAAUAUUUGCAGAAUUCGACCCACUUUUUCAAUCAGAUGGUGGAAGCCUACGGUGGUAUUGGAAUCUUAUGGGAGCACAGGUUCUAUGGAAACUCGACACCGGUUGAGAUCAAUCUCGACACUCCCCCUGAAGCUUUCAAGUUUCUAACCACGGAACAAGCACUUGCCGAUGUGAAAGCGUUUGCUGAUCAAUUCUCGCGGAAGAACUAUCCCAAUGUCGACUUUACGCCCAAUGGCGCUCCAUGGGUCUUUAUCGGAGGAAGCUAUGCAGGCAUGAGGGCUGCGUUUAUGAGAAAGCUAUACCCGGAAACGAUCGUAGCGUCAUACGCGUCUUCGGCUCCUGUCCAGGCCUCAGUCGACAUGUCAUUCUUCUACGACACGAUCUAUCAUGGCAUGAAUGCGUACGGGUACAGCAACUGUACUGCCGACAUCCAUGCAGCUAUCAUGUACAUGGACAAGGAAAUGGAAGACGAAGAGAAGGCUGCCGCGCUGAAGCAGAAGUUCCUCGGUCGUGGCGCCGAGAAGAAUCCCAAUCCCUCGUUUGGAGAGGCACUAACGAUACCAACCGCCUUCUGGCAUCUGCGUGGUAUGGAUAAGGGCCUUCACUCUUUGUGUACGCACAUUAGCACCGAUCCAGCAACGAACAAGACCGCUCCGGCAGAAGGGUGGGCGGCGUCCAAGGGCCCUGAGUUCACCGUCGACCGAUGGGCUUCCUGGCCAAUCUUCGUCAGGAUGGUCAACGACCUUAUGACCAGCAACUGUGAAGGACCAGUGCCCAAGAAGUCUGGAACUCCAGACUGCAACCUUAAUCAUCGCUUCAGUAACCCUGUGAAUAUAAGUUGGAUAUACCAAUACUGUACUCAGUGGGGUUUUCUCCAAUCUGCCAAUCUCGGAGAGAGGCAGAUUGUAUCAAAGUGGAACAGUCUGCAGCACCAGAUGGACAUAUGCCACCGUCAAUUUCCCUCCGGAAUACCAAAGGAGCCCGAGACGGACAAGACCAAUCAAUUCUUUGGCGGCUGGAAAAUGAGACCCUCGAACGUGUACUGGUCCGGCGGUCAGUAUGACCCCUGGGGGACGCUCUCGCCACUCAGUACUGAGGACUUUGCGCCACACCUUGAAGUCACGCAGAAUAUCCCGGAGUGCAAUGUGGCGACGAGUGAGGACACGCUGUUUGGGUAUACUUUGGCGAAUGCUCAGCAUUGCUAUGACUUUAAGACGACGCCCCUAGCAGCGACGAGUCGGGGAUACUUUACUUCGGCGUUGGAUAAGUGGCUGAAGUGCUGGGAGCCAAAGAAGCCUGGAUAUCCAAGAUAUGAGGGAAAGCCGUAGGUGCUUCACGUAUAUAUAUUUAUAACUACAAAUAUGAGAUUGUGACAGGGGUUAGACAUAUUCGGCAGUCUCAGACGUGAGAUGUUUGUUGUACA